AUGGGAGGAGGCGUGACACGGAGCGACCUUUUGGCUGCGGAGGCGUUUUAUCCGCCACAGAAAUCGAUCGCUGUUUGGGACAGAGUCACAGGAGGUUCUGCAGAGUCAGAGCUGCGUUCCUUUGGGGGUUCUCCAGAGUCAGAGCUGCGUUCGUUUGGGGGUUCUCCAGAGUCAGAGCUGCGUUCCUUUGAGAGGUUCUCCAGAGUCAGAGCUGCGUUCCUUUGGGGGUUCUCCAGAGUCAGAGCUGCGUUCAUUUGGGGGUUCUCCAGAGUCAGAGCUGCGUUCCUUUGGGGGUUCUCCAGAAGUCAGAGCUGCGUUCCUUUGAGAGGUUCUCCAGAGUCAGAGCUGCGUUCCUUUGGGGGUUCUCCAGAGUCAGAGCUGCGUUCCUUUGGGGGUUCUCCAGAGUCAGAGCUGCGUUCCUUUGGGGGUUCUCCAGAGUCAGAGCUGAGUUCCUUUGGGGGUUCUCCAGAGUCAGAGCUGCGUUCCUUUGAGAGGUUCUCCAGAAGUCAGAGCUGCGUUCCUUUGAGAGGUUCUCCAGAGUCAGAGCUGCGUUCCUUUGGGGGUUCUCCAGAGUCAGAGCUGUGUUCCUUUGGGGGUUCUCCAGAGUCGGAGCUGCGUUCCUUUGAGAGGUUCUCCAGAGUCAGAGCUGCGUUCCUUUGA